UCAAUGUAAUACAACACAGCCUUAACCGGAACGGUGAUUCAUUUACCCGCGCGACCGUCUUCUUAUAAUAUUUCCAGAUCUCAAAACAAUCGCAUAGAAUUUGACAUAUCUACAGCUCUACACUAAUCAAUCGCAUAGAAUUUGACAUAUCUACAGCUCUACACUAAUCAAUCAACACUGUUCUAAGUCCAGAUCUCUUUACAUUUAUGUAACAAUCGAAACCCUAAUUUAACAAACAUGGAAUUAGAAAAUGGAGACUACACAUCGGCGAUGACUAGCCUCCUCGCAAUGGCCUCCGUCUCCCAACAACCUUACGUCUCCGAGCUUCUAUCCUUCACUCUCGAUCGCCUCCACAAAGAACCGGAAUUACUUCGAGUUGACGCGGAGAGAAUUCAGAGGCAAAUGCAGGAAGUAGCGGUGGGGAAUUACCGCGCUUUUAUCGCAGCUGCGGAUGCUUUACUUGCUAUUAGAGAAGAAGUCUCUUCUAUUGAUAAACAUCUUGAAUCGCUGAUCACGGAAAUACCAAAAUUGACAUCUGGUUGCACAGAGUUCAUUGAGUCAGCGGAACAGAUUUUAGACGAGAGAAAGAUGAACCAAAUAUUGCUAACAAACCAUAGUACAUUACUUGAUUUACUUGAGAUUCCUCAACUUAUGGACACAUGUGUAAGAAAUGGAAAUUAUGAUGAAGCUCUAGAUUUAGAAGCAUUUGUUUGCAAACUUUCAACCAUGCACCCUAAAUUACCUGUCAUUCAAGCAUUGGCUGCAGAAGUUAGGCAGACCACCCAAUCUCUUUUGUCUCAGCUUCUCCAGAAACUUCGAUCUAACAUCCAGUUGCCUGAAUGCCUCCGCAUUAUUGGAUAUUUGCGGAGGAUAGGAGUAUUUAGUGAGUAUGAAAUGCGUCUACAGUUUCUGAGAUGUCGAGAGGCGUGGCUUACCGGUAUUCUAGAGGAUCUAGAUCAGCGAAAUGCGUAUGAAUACUUGAAAGGAAUGAUAAACUGUCAUAGAAUGCAUCUUUUUGAUGUUGUUAACCAGUACCGAGCAAUAUUUGCUGAUGACACAUCCGGCAGUGAAGAAAAUUACGAUGGUGGGCUCCUUUUUAGUUGGGCUAUGCAUCAGAUUACUGCACACCUUAAAACUCUUAAGAUCAUGCUUCCCAAGAUAACCGAGGGUGGGUCUCUGUCAAAUAUUCUGGACCAGUGCAUGUAUUGUGCUAUGGGACUAUGUUGGGUUGGCCUGGAUUUUCGAGGCUUGCUUCCACCACUGUUUGAAGAGGCCAUUCUCAAUUUGUUCUCAAAGAAUAUGAGUACGGCUGUUGAAAAUUUUCAGUUAGUUCUGGAUUCACAUCGUUGGGUUCCGUUACCCGCAAUUGGCUUUUCAACCAAUAGUUUUAAUGAAGAAAAUCAAGAGGAUGUAACUCCGCCAUCUUAUCUAAUGGAACAUCCACCUCUUGCAGUGUUUGUUAAUGGUGUAUCUGCUGCAAUGAAUGAACUUCGACCUUGUGCUCCAUUAAGUUUGAAAUUUGUCCUUGCUCAAGAAUUAAUUAAGGGCUUGAAGGCCGUUUCGGACUCCCUAUUAAGAUACAAUGCAACUCGAAUGCUCAGAGAAAAUGAAUCCGGACUUUUCCUCUCACUUUGUCGAUGUUUUAUAGAGGUAGCUUACCCACAUUGCGCCACAUGCUUUGGUCGGUGUUACCCGGGUGGGACUGCUCUUAUUAUGGAGGCUAAAAGCUCAUACGACAGUGUCAGCCGUCUACUGGCAGCCUCUCUCCCGAGAGAAGUUCCGAAACCUGUGAAUAACCAUGAGAAGAGCGCGACAGAAAAUGGUAAAGCGCCUUUGUUGGAAAAUGGAGUUAGUGGAGAUGUUGAACAAACAGAGGAUAUCAAUGCGGAUGAAAAGAAACAAACCAGCCCUACUGUACAAAUGCCUGAAAAGCAAAGUGACACCUGAAACGCCGGAUUCCGGUAACCAUUGAUUUUUCUUUUCCUUUUUACGAAUAGUUUUCGAAAUGGAUUUAGUUGAGAGGUAUACAAGAGAGGGACAAUAUAAGGGAGAGUUGAGUGUAAAUGUACAGGAGAAGGCAUUUUAUAAGGGUUAUUGUCGUGUAUUAUUAUGAACAUGUUGUUUAUUUGUUAAUUUUUUUUAACACGAGUCUCACUUUACGUA